UUUAUGCCCGGGGCCUCGGCAGGAAGAGGCCCUCAGACAAGGCCUCUCAUUGUUAGAGCGAGUGCUUCAGCAGCACGGCCUCUCCGGGAAGGUUAUGUGCGGGCACCAUGUGCAGCUGUAUGCGGAGCCAGGACUGUGUAAUAUGCGGAGGUAUUCACAAUGAGGAUUUAUAGAGAAAAUAACUCUUGGAGCUCUGAUAUGGAUAUUGUGAGUUGCAAGAAAAAACAUGAUAAUUCAAUAUCAACCGCUGUAAAGUAUGAAAGCAUCUCUGUUGAAGCCAGUUAUGAUUUUAACACACAUACAUCAUGGAUAGAAAAAAAUGACACCACUGAAUCUUCAAAAAGCUUUAAUGACACAAACAGUAAGCAAAAACUACAGGAUACCUUUAAAGAAAUUGUCAGUGGCACUGAAAACCUAUGUGAAAUCUUUUCAGAAUUGGCUGCUACAAAUGUGGAAUUUAACAAGGAACCAAUAGCAAAUAAGCUCUGCCCAUCAGAUGGCGUUGCUCAUAUAUGUGUACAUUGUGGUAAGAACUUUGUUCGAAAGUCAGAUUUGACAGUACAUCAACGGAUACACACGGGUGAGAGACCUUAUAAGUGUUCAUAUUGUGGUAAGGGCUUCUGCCAAGCAUCUAUGGUAAGACGCCAUGAGAGAACACACACAGGAGAAAAACCCUAUAAGUGUUUAGAUUGUGGUAAGUCAUUUUCUCGAUCCACAUCUCUUUUGGUUCACAAAAAUAAACACACCGGAGAAUUUGCAUUUAAAUGUGAUUGUGGAAAAACCUUCAGCAGCAACACUCUUCUACAAAAGCAUCGCCAUACUCAUAUGUAUCAGCAGUAUUCUUGUCAAAUUUGCGGCAGUGUUUUUAAGAAUCAGCUGGAUCUUAGAACACACAAGCACAACCAACAUUCUAAAAAAUCCUUUUCCUGUCUCCAAUGUGGAAAAACCUUUGCACGAUUUCAUCUACUUAAAAGUCACCAAAGAAAACAUGUUGCUUUGGCAAAUCGUGGGAUUACCGAAAAACUGUCUAACAAAAGUUUAUCUGAUUUGCACAGCUUGGAAAAACCCCAUGAACAAGAGCAGAAACAGCCCAAGGUUGAGAAUGAUGGAGUCUCUGCCGACAUUUCUACCACACAUGUAGUUACUGAAUAUCGUCUGACCAUUUGUCCUGAUCGUGGGAAGGCCUUUAAUACUCCCUCAGUGCUACAUAAACAGGCGACUCAUGAGCAGGGAUGUCUUUUCUGUGCAGAAUGUGGAAAAUCCUUUGUUCGAAAAUCUGACUUGACUGUACAUUUGCGCAUACAUUCUGGUGAAAGGCCAUACAAGUGUUCCUACUGUGGUAAGGGCUUCUGCCAAGCAUCAAUGCUGAGACGUCAUGAAAGAACACACACAGGAGAGAAACCCUACCAGUGCUCAGACUGUGAUAAGUCUUUCUCUCGUUCCACCUCCCUACUUAUUCAUAGGAACUCACAUAUUAAAGAUAAGCCAUUUAAAUGCAAAUCUUGUGAUCUGACCUUCUCCAACACAGCUCAGCUGCGUCAACACAGUAAGAACCAUAGAGGCACUUCCACAUUAUCUUGUGAUAUGUGCAAUAAAUCUUCUAACCAGGACAAUAUCUGUGACAUGCACCAACCUAUUAAAGGUAAUUCAGAGCUGUUUCUUUGUUCUGUCUGUGGGAGAACAUUCAACAGUGCUUCUGGGCUACAAAGACACUUACACACGCACAUCCAACACCCUUAUCCUUGUAAUACUUGUGGUGAGGUCUUUAAUAGUAGAUUUGACUUUCGCAUACACCAACGCACACAUCCACCUGACAGGCCUUUCACCUGCCCUCAGUGUGGGAAAUGUUUUCCACGCCUAAACCUCUUGCAAAUCCAUCAAAAUACACACACUGGCAGCAGGCCAUAUGAGUGCUCUUUUUGUAAAAAAACAUUCUCUGAUCCAUCCACUCUAAGACAGCAUCGGCAGCGGCAUCAAGGACUAAAACAGCCUGAGUUUGUAGAGAAGGAAAAUCCUGUAGACAAAGAGAUUGCUCUCUCUUCUGUUCUCAUUGAUAAUUGUCCAUAUGUAUGCGUUAAGUGCAGCAAGACAUUCAGUAGCCCUUCAGCUUUGCAAAAACACCAGCAGUCUCAUGACAAGGAAAGUCUUCUUUGUGCAGAGUGUGGUAAGAAAUUUGCUAGAAAAUCAGACUUGACUGUGCACUUGCGCAUACACACAGGUGAGAGGCCUUAUAAAUGUUUAUACUGUGGGAAAGGAUUUUGCCAAGCAUCCAUGGCACGGCGACAUGAGAGGACACACACUGGAGAAAAACCAUAUCAGUGCCCAGACUGUGACAAGUGCUUCUCGCGCUCUUCUUCUCUCCUGAUCCACAGGAAUAAGCACAUGAGCGAGAAGCCAUUUAAAUGUGUUUUGUGUGAUCAAACGUUUCAGAAUCCAAACCAGUUACAUAUGCAUUUAAAGACUCAUGGUAAUGUCCUUGAUAUAAAUGCAGAGCAAUGCAACCCCCCAUAAAUGAUUGAAUAACUGUGCUUUGAGUAAUUUUAUUGUAUUGUACAGCAUACUGCUAUUUAUGUUUUUUUCUGUAUUCCUUACAAAUUUACAAGAAAAUGAAUUUAUAUUAAGAGGCUGCAGACAUAUAAAACGGUGGUCUUUAAAUCUACAUUAAAUGAAUGCGCACAUGG